CGCAAAAGUUCUAAGUUCACACAUGAGGACAAAUUCCCAAACUUCGUUUUGGCACAUUUUGCCAGAUUAUGGUUUAAUUAAAACAUAAUAUAUUGACUACAGGGAAACCCUGGACAUUCACCAUGAAGUCUAGAUUUACAACGAUUGAUUUGCGAGUGGCUAUUGCCGAGUUGGGCACUAGGUUAAUGGGUCUUCGAGUCAUCAACAUUUACGAUAUCAACAGUAAAACAUAUCUCAUUAAACUGCAAGGCACUGACAAGAAAGAGAUGCUCUUCGUUGAAUCUGGAAACCGUCUGAACAGCACGGAUUUUGACUGGCCCAAGAGUAACAUGCCGUCCAACUUCAGCAUGAAACUCAGGAAACAUCUAAGGAGCAGACGCUUGACUCAGUUACGUCAGCUGGGUUUAGAUCGAGUUGUUGAUAUGCAGUUUGGAUCCGAUGAAGCUGCCUACCAUCUUAUUGUGGAGUUAUAUGACAGAGGUAAUGUUAUCCUAACAGACCAUGAAUACAUCAUCUUGAAUCUACUGAGAACAAGACAAGAAAGUGAGGAUGUGCGGUUUGCUGUCAGGGAGAAAUAUCCGCUAGACAUAGCCAUGAAGCCAGCACCACUCCCAGAACCAAAUCGGUUGAAGGAAAUCUUGGAAAAUGGCAAACAAGGAGACUUCGUCCGGAAAAUCCUUAAUCCACAUUUUGUGUUCGGGCCAGCUGUGAUUGACCACUGUUUGCUCAAACAAGGAUUUCCAGCAGGUGUCAAAAUGAACAAAGACUUCAAUGUUGACGAAGAAAUUCCCAAGCUGUUGUUGGCCCUUAAGGAAGCAGAAGAAUUAAUGGAACAGUCCGGUCAUUCACAUGAGAAGGGCUACAUUAUACAGAAGAAAGAGAAGAAACCGACAGCAGUUGCUGGAAGUGAAGAUGCAGAGUUACUUGUAUACAAUGAAUAUCACCCGUUUCUGUACAAACAGCAUGAGUCCUGCCCUUACCUUGAGCUUGAGUCAUUUAAUAAGGCGGUGGAUGAAUUUUUCUCCAAGUUGGAGAGUCAGAAAGCUGAUGUAAAGGUUCUUCAACAGGAAAAAGACGCCCUGAAGAAGCUGGAGAACGUCAAGAAAGAUCAUGAGAAACGUCUUGAUCAGCUGGCCAAAGCUCAGGAUGUUGAUAGGCGGAAGGGAGAGCUGAUUGAGACUAAUCUGCCAUUGGUGGAUCAGGCCAUCAAGGUUGUCCGUAGUGCUAUAGCUAAUCAGAUUGACUGGAUGGAGAUCAAUAACAUCAUCCAUGAAGCUCAAGCUCAGCAAGAUCCCGUCGCCCUAGCCAUCAAGAGUCUGAAACUGGACGUCAAUCACAUCACCAUGAUACUCAAAGAUCCCUAUGAAGUUGAUGAGGAUGAUGAUGAAGAUAAAUCCAGUAAAAAGCAAAAGAAGAAAGAUAAAACCAACUAUAUAGACAUUGACCUUGGUCUGUCUGCAUACGCCAAUGCUAGAAGGUUUUAUAUUCAGAAGAAGUUUUCCAAGAAGAAGGAGCAGAGAACUGUGGAUGCGUCUCAAAAGGCAAUUAAAUCAGCUGAACGCAAGACAAAGCAAGCAUUAAAAGAUGUAGCAACAGUAGCUAGCAUCAAUAAGACAAGGAAGACAUACUGGUUUGAGAAGUUUUACUGGUUCAUCAGUUCAGAGAAUUACUUAGUCAUUGCUGGAAGAGACCAACAACAGAAUGAAAUGAUCGUCAAGAAGUACCUCACACAAGGUGAUGUGUAUGUGCAUGCUGAUCUACACGGUGCUAGUAGUGUGAUUAUCAAGAAUCCAUCAGGAGGUCCAGUACCACCAAAGACACUCCAUGAGGGUGGAGUAAUGGCUGUGUGUUACAGUGUAGCAUGGGAUGCUAAGGUUGUUACUAGCGCCUGGUGGGUCAACAAUGAUCAGGUUUCGAAGACUGCUCCAAGUGGAGAGUAUCUUACAACUGGUAGCUUCAUGAUCAGAGGAAAGAAGAAUUACCUUCCUCCAGCUCAGCUGAUGAUGGGCUUUGGUUUCUUGUUCAAGUUGGAUGAGUCUAGUUUAUUGAGACACAAGGAUGAGAGGAGAAUACGGACCCUAGAGGAGGAGGAGAUGUCAAUGGCUGAUGAAAGGUCAACGGUUGAUGGCUCAGUGGAUGAUGAAGAAAUACCUCUUCAAGAUGAAGGUGAUGAAGACAGUGAAGAUGAGAAGACACAGGAAGAACCGGCCAUGAAGAUGGAGGACAUCGUGGAGGCAGAAGAAGAAGAUGGAGAACCUCAGGAUGAAGUCAACGAUAAGCCACUAAUGGCAGAGAGUAGUUCAGAUGAUGACACUGCCUAUCCAGAUACAGCCAUUCCACUUUAUCAUGUUCAAGGAGCUAAGUCAGAGGUACAGAGGUCACGAGGGUCAAGUGUUCUGAGCUCUGGAAGCUACCAUUCUAAUGAAGGGGAGAUAGAGACGGUAUACCUUGGUGAUGACCAACCCAUAAUACUUGGUGUUAGCAAAACCAACAAACAACAGAAUCAAAAACAGUACUUGUCUGCCAAACAGAAAAGGCAAAUGAAGAAACAGCAAAUCAAAAAGCAAAAUGAAGACAUCAAUGAAGAUGAUGCCAAGAAGGAAGAUGUAGAUAUGAAAGAGAUUGUGGAUGGCAUCACGUUGGAGACACAAAUACCAAGAGAACAUGACGAGACUCGAAUCCCAAGACUUGAAGAUGUAGAAGAUGAUGAGGAGGAACAAGAAGAUCAAGCAGCGGCUCAAAGAGGCAAUGUUGAAGUUUCAACACAACCUGCACAGGUCAAACGAGGUCAGAAGAAUAAAUUAAAGAAGAUUAAACAGAAGUAUAAAGAUCAAGAUGACGAGGAGAGAAGACUCAAGAUGGAAAUCUUGGCCUCAGCUGGAGCUCCCAGGGAACUAAAAGGAAAGAAAGCCAAGCAAGCUCGGAAACAACAACUCCUUGAGGAGAAGCAUCAACAGAUGAAACAGAAAUAUCAGCAGAAGAAGAAACAAGGAGGCGGGAAACAGCAGCAGCAGCGAGAUGGUGGUGUCUUGGAGAGGACGGCAGGAGAAGAUGCAACCGAGAUGGAGGGAAAGAUGCAGGGAAUGAGUGUCGAGGAGGAACAAGAUGAAGAUAUGAUCCAGCCAGUUGCCUUCAAGCAUUCAUGGAAUAAGGAGGAGGCUGCUGGGGAGGCUUCAGACGAAGAGAAAGACCAAUCUCAACUCAUGACGGAAAGUUUGAAUAUUGUGGACACGUUGACUGGAUGUCCUCAUGCUGAAGAUUUGUUAAUGUUCAGUCUACCAAUAUGUGCUCCAUACUCUGUUAUGCAUAACUACAAGUUUAAAGUCAAGUUAACUCCAGGAACAGGCAAAAGAGGAAAAGCUGCAAAGGCUGCUCUUCAUAUGUUCCAGUUCUCUAAGGACACAGUGAGCAGAGAGAAGGAUCUUUUUAAGAGUGUGAAGGACACAGAUUUGUCUAGGAAUUUGCCUGGAAAAGUAAAAGUGUCGGCUCCAAACCUUCAGAAGGCCAAGUCAAAGAAAAAGAAAUAGUUGGGACGUUAACAUUGAUUUAAUCAAGAGGAUGUACAUUUGUGCAGAUCGUACUACUAAAUUACAUUAUUUGAUUCAUUGGAAUAAUCAACCACUGUGGUUUCUAAUAAUAGAAAUCAUACACUGGAGGUAAUUACACAGUACACAGUCAACCCUCCAACUAUCUGACCAUUCAAUAUAACCCACUGUGGUUCUGAAUGAUAUAUAAACUAUGCCAGCCUUCAGUAUGACAUCUGCAGUUCACAGUCAACCCUCCUAUUGUUUGACCAUUCAAUAUCUUCCUUUGUUGUUUUGAAUGAUGAGUUAUGCCAGGCUGCAAUGUGACAUCAUGUGUUGAAUGCAUCUACAUAUUACGCAGUCAACGCUCCCACUGUCUGACAAUUAAGUAUCAUCCACUGUGGUUUUGAAAGGUAGUAGGGUUAAUUUAAUUCCUGCACAACUUCCUAUGGAACUUUGGAAGUUGACUAUUGUCUUUUUAUUUUGCGUUGAAUAACAACUUGGAUAAUUGCUUAUGCCACAUGUCACUUUGUCUUAUGUCACAUGUUGUUUUUUGUUUGUUUUGGGGUUUAUUUCUUAUGGGUGGGGGAGGGACUGGUUGAAGGUUGGGUCGUACUUUGUUAAGUACCCUAAAAUGAAUGAUUAUAAAAACUUACUUGAUGAGGAGCACUGUAGCUGUUGAUCGUAUAAAAUUUUCUGAGAAAGGAUUCCUUUCGAAGUAGUUCAUUCCCUGAAUCAUUUCUGAGAGUUGGUGCCGGGUCGCAAAUGCUCAGGGCACAAAAACUUGCUAGGCACAGAUAGAUCUUGCUUAACAGUUCUCAGCUGUGAACAGUUUGAUGAAACUUGACCCUAGCCAGAGAUGCAGUUUGUACCUGCUGUUGCCUCGCAAACAUAUACUGCUUUGAUGUUGGAGUAACAUUUUUCUAGUAAUUUGGUCAGCAAGAUUAGUCAGGCAGACAACUUUUUUCUCUUUUUGGUUUUUCAGCUGCGCCAACAAAAAUUGAAAACGCAGGCAAAAUCUGACGCUUCUUUAUUUUUGAAAACUAUUUUAUUGUGCUAUGUAGCUUCAAGAAUUUGGCUCCAGGCAGGUGAUGAUAAUAAGAAAAGUUUUUUUAUGUUUUAUUUUAUUGCCUUUUUUUCUUCUAAUUUCUCAGGGCAUGGUGGGUAUUUGGAUAUACUUUAUCCUUCUUUGGUUAGUCAUUUACCACAAGUUUAACAUUUUGAUCAAAGUACAACACUUUAAAUUACUUCAGCUCUUUGGUAACAUUUUAAAAGUUGUAUUUAAUAAUGUACAUUGACAAAUAAACUAUAGGCCUAGACCUAAUAGUUUUGAAAAUUA